AGCGCAGCGAGGCAGAGAGGGAGCGCACCGCCGCCGGAGGAGCCGCGCCGCACCGCACAGCAUCGCACGGCACCGGGGGAACCGCGGACAGACGCACCGACACGGCCCGGGGCUGCACCGACACUACAAGUGACAGAGAAGAAGCUCCCACAUAGUGGAAUUUGAGGAUUACUUCAAAUUCCUGAACAGUGUUUCACCCCUGACCUUCUGAGCCCGGACAGCUUCCCACCACAGCCCACUUUUCCUUCAGGAGAGGGGAGGAAGGCGGCUCAUCCGCCAUGAACGUCACCUCGCUCUUCUCCUUCACCAGCCCGGCCGUCAAGCGGCUGCUGGGAUGGAAGCAGGGCGACGAAGAGGAGAAGUGGGCCGAGAAGGCCGUGGACGCCCUGGUCAAGAAACUGAAGAAGAAGAAGGGAGCCAUGGAGGAGCUGGAGCGCGCCCUCAGCUGCCCCGGUCAGCCCAGUAACUGUGUGACGAUCCCUCGCUCGCUGGACGGACGGCUGCAGGUGUCCCACCGGAAGGGGCUGCCGCACGUCAUCUACUGCCGGGUGUGGCGCUGGCCCGACCUGCAGUCCCACCACGAGCUGAAGGCGCUGGAGUGCUGCGAGUACCCCUUCGGCUCCAAACAGAAGGACGUGUGCAUCAACCCCUACCACUACAAACGAGUGGACAGUCCAGUGCUGCCUCCUGUCUUGGUACCGCGGAACAGCGAGUUCAAUGCCAAGCACACAAUGCUUCCUCGCUUCCGAAACCCCCUGCAGCAGAACGAGCCACACAUGCCCCAGAACGCAACCUUCCCAGAAUCCUUUGCCCAGGCCAACACCAUGCCUUUUCCCCAUUCGCCGGGUAACAGCUACCCAAACUCCCCCGGGAGCGGCAGCAGCGCCACCUUCCCUCACUCCCCAUCCAGCUCCGACCCCGGAAGCCCAUUCCAGAUGCCAGAGACCCCGCCUCCUGCCUACAUGCCCCCGGAGGAGCAGAUGACUCAGGAUUGCCCUCAGCCAAUGGACACCAACCUCUUGGCUCCACCCUUGCCCCUGGAGACUAACAACCGGGCAGAUGUGCAGCCCGUCGCCUACGAGGAACCCAAGCACUGGUGCUCCAUUGUUUACUACGAGCUCAACAAUCGCGUCGGAGAGGCGUUCCAGGCUUCCUCCACCAGCGUGCUCGUCGACGGCUUCACAGACCCCUCCAACAACCGCAACAGGUUCUGCCUCGGCCUGCUCUCCAACGUCAACCGCAACUCCACCAUCGAGAACACCCGGCGGCACAUCGGCAAAGGUGUUCAUCUGUAUUACGUGGGAGGCGAGGUUUACGCCGAGUGUCUGAGCGACAGCAGUAUUUUCGUCCAGAGUCGUAACUGUAACUACCACCACGGCUUCCAUCCCACAACCGUCUGCAAGAUCCCCAGCGGCUGCAGCCUGAAGAUUUUCAACAACCAGGAGUUCGCCGAGCUGCUGGCCCAGUCCGUCAACCACGGCUUCGAGGCCGUUUACGAGCUCACCAAGAUGUGCACCAUCCGCAUGAGCUUUGUCAAGGGAUGGGGAGCAGAGUACCACCGCCAAGAUGUGACCAGCACGCCCUGCUGGAUCGAGAUCCACCUGCACGGCCCGCUGCAGUGGCUGGAUAAGGUGCUAACCCAGAUGGGCUCCCCCCACAACCCCAUCUCCUCCGUCUCCUAGGCCUCACUGUCCUCGGCCCCGUGGCUGUCCACACCCCAGCAUUUCGGUCUAAGUAGCAAGAAAUAGCGCGAGCCGGUCCCAGACCGGCUUGUGUUUCAGUCCCGAACUGACGGGCGUUGCGACUGAAACACAAAGCGGUCUGGGAGCCGCGAGGAUGCUAACCGAGUAGGUUUGUUCUCUACUUGAAGGACGUCUGAAUUGGGCACAUUCACAGACUGGGAGAGAGGAGUGAGCAAAGUGAGCGUGAUGCAACUGGAAGAUACUUGAUCUUUGUGACCAACUGUAAUAAUUAGACCAUCACACUCAUCCUGACGCAAGCAUCCUCUCUGAUCUUGCUCCCAUGACUUUGGUUUUUUUUUUUUUUCUCCCUUCAUUGUUCUAAUAUCCUGACUCAUAAGUAGUUUGCAUCUAAAUAUUCCCUGGGAAGUCCACCUGUAAAAUGUGUGUAGUUACAAUAAUUAUGGGACAUUCCACAUCACUGAUUGCAGUCAGCUGCUGGUUUGUUGGGGUUUUUUUUUUUUAUUAUUUUUUCUGGCGACAGUGAGAUUGGCAUGAAAUGCACUUAACAAACCAGAAAGGUAGCAAGGACGGUAUGACUGACAGAUUUUAAUCAUCUUUACAUACUUAAAUGUCUUUCACAAAAAAAAGUAGCUUUCAACUAAUAAAGUAAAGCAGUGUGAAGGAUUUCUGACAUCAAAGUCAAAUUUCAUAUAAAUGAAGCAAGGGCAGAAUUAUGGGGCGUUUGAGCGUUCAGGGCGGGGGUCCAGUGAGGGGGCAUGGCACUAAAAGGGCAUUUCAGACAAAAAGAAAAGAAAAAAAAAAAAGACUAAGUGUUGCUCAUCUUGUGUUUCAAAUAAAUUUUAAGAUGAUAAAAAGAAUAGUGUUUAGAUAUAUUCACUAUUAGAAUAUGUGCUGUGCAGUCUGGUUUUGCAAAGCAUUGUUUGGUUAGUGUAGUGUUCCACGUUGAAGACUGGUAGCUGAUCAGGACGUCAAGCAGAGGCGAGUUUGUUUGUCCCUUCGCUGUAAACCAUCAGAUGUGUCAAAUCUGGAGUCAGAGUCGGGACAGAAAUAUUCCCUCAGCCGUGCCUCUUUCUCUUAUCACAUUGACUGAGCAAAACUUGUUUAAAAAAAAAAAAAUCAAAAGAUUCUUAUGGGAAAAUGUUGAGCAUUAAAAUUUUUAUUCUUGACUGAGAAAG